GGAGGACAGCGAGUGGUGCAGUGAGGGACAAACAAAAGGAGGGCGCCGGAGGAGCGCGGCGUCCGGCGGCGGGACUGUGUGGCGGAGGGCUGGGGCUGCCUGCCGGGCGGCUGCGAGCGGCGAGCUCAGGGCAGCAGCAGCGUCCAUGGAGCAAAAGGAAUGCCAGGACCCUGUGCAUCCAGACAGGGACCAGCCUCAGCACCAGCAGCCAACACGAAGAUAGCAGAGCCACCUCAGGGUUAAACCAUGAUCCCGGUGACAGAGCUCCGCUACUUUGCGGACACGCAGCCAGCUUACCGGAUCCUGAAGCCAUGGUGGGAUGUGUUUACUGACUACAUCUCCAUCGUCAUGCUGAUGAUUGCUGUCUUUGGGGGGACGCUGCAAGUCACCCAGGAUAAAAUGAUCUGCCUACCUUGUAAGUGGGUCACCAAAGACUCCUGCAACGACUCCUUUCGAGGCUGGGCGGAGCCCACUUACCCCAACUCCACAGUCGCACCAACUCCCGACACAGGCCCUACAGGGAUCAAGUACGACUUAGACCGCCACCAGUACAACUACGUGGAUGCUGUGUGCUAUGAGAACCGUCUACACUGGUUUGCCAAGUACUUCCCCUACCUCGUGCUCCUGCACACCCUCAUCUUCCUGGCCUGUAGCAACUUCUGGUUCAAGUUUCCACGCACCAGUUCAAAGUUGGAGCACUUUGUGUCUAUCCUGCUAAAGUGCUUUGAUUCGCCGUGGACCACAAGGGCCCUGUCAGAGACGGUGGUGGAGGAGAGUGACCCCAAGCCUGCAUUCAGCAAGAUGAAUGGCUCCAUGGACAAGAAGUCAUCCACAGUCAGUGAGGACGUGGAGGCCACUGUGCCCAUGCUGCAGAGGACCAAGUCACGGAUUGAGCAGGGCAUCGUGGACCGAUCAGAGACAGGAGUGCUGGACAAGAAGGAAGGGGAGCAGGCAAAGGCACUGUUUGAGAAGGUGAAGAAGUUUCGGACCCACGUGGAGGAGGGGGACAUCGUAUACCGCCUCUAUAUGCGGCAGACCAUCAUCAAGGUGAUCAAGUUCAUCCUCAUCAUCUGCUACACUGUCUACUAUGUGCACAAUAUCAAGUUCGAUGUGGACUGCACUGUGGACAUUGAGAGCCUGACCGGUUACCGCACCUACCGGUGUGCCCACCCUCUGGCCACACUCUUCAAGAUCUUGGCAUCCUUCUACAUCAGCCUGGUCAUUUUCUAUGGUCUCAUCUGCAUGUACACACUGUGGUGGAUGUUGCGGCGCUCCCUCAAGAAGUACUCGUUUGAGUCCAUUCGAGAGGAGAGCAGCUACAGCGACAUCCCAGAUGUCAAGAACGACUUUGCUUUCAUGCUGCACCUCAUUGACCAAUACGACCCUCUCUACUCAAAGCGCUUUGCUGUCUUCCUGUCUGAAGUGAGUGAGAACAAGCUGCGGCAGCUUAACCUCAACAACGAGUGGACGCUGGAGAAGCUGCGCCAGCGGCUCACCAAAAACGCCCAGGACAAGCUGGAGCUACACCUGUUCAUGCUCAGUGGCAUUCCUGACACCGUGUUUGACCUGGUUGAGCUAGAGGUCCUGAAGCUGGAACUGAUCCCUGAUGUGACCAUCCCACCCAGCAUUGCCCAGCUAACGGGCCUUAAGGAACUGUGGCUGUACCACACAGCAGCCAAGAUCGAGGCUCCUGCUCUGGCCUUCCUGCGUGAGAACCUCCGGGCACUGCACAUCAAGUUCACCGACAUCAAGGAGAUCCCACUGUGGAUCUACAGCCUGAAGACACUGGAGGAGCUGCACUUGACGGGCAACCUGAGUGCAGAGAACAACCGCUACAUUGUCAUUGAUGGGCUUCGGGAGCUCAAGCGCCUCAAGGUGCUGCGGCUCAAAAGCAACCUGAGCAAGCUACCACAGGUGGUCACGGAUGUGGGCGUGCACCUGCAGAAGCUUUCCAUCAACAACGAGGGCACCAAGCUCAUUGUCCUCAACAGCCUCAAAAAGAUGGUGAACCUGACGGAGCUGGAACUGAUCCGCUGUGACCUGGAACGCAUCCCUCACUCCAUCUUCAGCCUCCACAACCUGCAGGAGAUUGACCUAAAGGACAACAACCUCAAGACCAUUGAGGAGAUCAUUAGCUUCCAGCAUCUGCACCGCCUCACCUGCCUUAAGCUGUGGUACAACCACAUCGCCUACAUCCCCAUCCAGAUCGGCAACCUCACCAACCUCGAGCGCCUCUACCUGAAUCGCAACAAGAUCGAGAAGAUUCCUACCCAGCUCUUCUACUGCCGCAAGCUGCGCUACCUGGACCUCAGCCACAACAACCUGACCUUCCUUCCUGCUGACAUCGGCCUCCUGCAGAACCUCCAGAACCUGGCUGUCACGGCCAAUAGGAUCGAGGCACUCCCCCCAGAACUCUUCCAGUGCCGGAAGCUGCGGGCUCUGCACCUGGGCAACAAUGUACUGCAGUCGCUGCCCUCAAGAGUAGGUGAGCUGACCAACCUGACGCAGAUUGAGCUUCGGGGCAACCGGCUGGAGUGCCUACCCGUGGAGCUGGGCGAGUGCCCACUGCUCAAACGCAGUGGCCUGGUGGUGGAGGAGGACUUGUUUAGCACGCUGCCGCCAGAGGUGAAGGACCGCCUAUGGAGAGCUGAUAAGGAGCAGGCCUGAGCAGAGCCUGGAGGAGCAGCAAGGACCCUCAGCGUGCCCUCAGGCCAAGUGGGCAGUUCAGUUCUCCCAGAACUGCUGGACAGCCAGCCGGGUCCAGCCAGGUUCAGCCAUGCAGAACCUGGACCAGGCAUAAGCUGGGCCAGGACAGAAGACAGGAACUGAGGGGCUGGCCCCUUUUCUCCCUCUGGGACUCAUACACCCAGGGCAGGCACUUGCUGGAGACCGGAAACUCUGAGACUAGUCUCCGAGUACAGUAUUUGGACAAUCAGGGUCUUCACCCUGGAGGCCGUCUCUGCCUCAGGGGCUGAGCUGGCACCAGAGGCCCAGGGACAGUAACUUAGAUUUGGGUAUUUAUUUUUGCCACUUCCCAUCUCCUCCCUCCAGAUAACUUAUACAUUCCCAAGAAGGUCUGGUCUGGGAAGUUUUUAAGAGACCUGCAGGGUUUGCCUUUACUUUCAGGUGAUGCUGACAGAAACAAUGCCCAUCCAGACUUAGGCAGAGCCAACCGCAGGACGGUCACCUUAUUGGCACAGGGCUAGGAUCUGGCAGCGAAGCUUGUGGGAGACCAGGCCUCCAGGUGGAAGGAUCAGGCCUGGGGCUUGCCCCAUCAGUUUUUUGAAGCAAUUUUAGGGUUUUUUGUUGUUGUUGUUUUGAUUUUUUUUUUUAAGCUUUGAAAAUGAUGGUUUGGGUAUUAAAAAAAAAAAACCUAAAAAUAAAAAAAGACACUAAAGGCCAGUGAGUUGAAGUCUCAGGAUGGGUGGUAUUUCCCCUUGAGCAAAGCAGCAAGACAUUGAAGGAAACUUCCUGUCCCUGUGGUGUGGGCCAGGAUGUUUUCCUGUCUGUCCUGACCUUGGUCCAGCGGAGCUGUUUGUUCUUCUCUUCUCCCGGGCAGGCAGGGCUUUUAUUUUUGUUUGCUUUUAGGGUUUUUGUUUUUUUUUUGUGUGUGUGUGUGUGUCUUGUUAUUUUUCUUCUCCGUGGGUCUUGGCAGACACCCUUUACAUGACUGUCAGCCAAAAGGAAGGCUCUGGAACUGCCAAGAAGGGAGGAGACUUGGGCUGGCUGAUCCCCAGGGGACCGGUGCUCCAUCCCUUCCUCCCCACCCCCAUGAUGCCACUCAUGCACAGUGUUAAGGAGCCUCAAGCAGCUGCUUCCCCGAGACUCUGUCCCCACAUCGUGUGUCGUGGGUUUGCUCAGUGCCACCACUCGCCUCUGCUGCUGCUUACAUUGGCUGUCACCAUCUGGUCCUGAUUGGGUGCGGAGAGGUCACCUCUGGGAGGGCAGCUUCCAUACUGGGCACCUGGUUUGCACACAGUACAGUUAGCACCUAGUGGCGGUAAGCCACUCAGCUUUAGAUCAGUCACUAGGGUCCCCACUUUAGAAGGGUCCUUGCCUUAGAUCAAUCACAUGGACACUAAGGCACGUUUUAGCGUCUCUUGUCUUAACAAUUAUGUCUGUCUCUGUCCCUUUGUGUUUUCUGCGUCGUGUCAUUGGAUGUAACCCUUGGAAAUACUGCACACUAGCCUCUGACAACCAUGAAGCAAUCCGUUACACGUGGGUCUGACUUGUGGACUCGGUUCAAAUAUCAAAUAAAUCUAUAACAAAGUUGCCUUUGCAGGUCUCUGUGCAUAGGACGCGAUUUGUCCCUUCACUUCUGAGGUAUCUUGGUCCUGGUUGACCAGUCUGCUGAGGGACUGUUUAUUGGGCAUCUACAUACAGUGGUGCUCUCUGCUCACCCCUCUGCCCUGAGAAACUUGGAGUACCUUUGAGGCAGUUGCUGGAUGCUCCAGGCAUGGUUCCUGACCAGAAGUCUCGUGACCAGUUCAUUUUCUCUUGUCCCAGGCACCUGUUUGGGCCCUCAUGAGCUUUGAUUGUUUGGGACUGGGAGUCAUCUGGAAUGGGAGUCAGUAGCCAGAAGUUCUUGUUCCAUCCAGCCCAGUUGUUCUGUGCAUGAAGCUAAGCCCAUCUCCUCACUGUGUGGCUUACAUAUCCCCAUCUAUGCCGAGGGCCUGUCCAUCUUUCAGAAGAUUCCUUGGGUUGUGAUACCCAAGUCUGCAUGGUUCUGCAAAGUAAGGUUGGCAGUGACCAAGGGGAGGCUGCCUGGAUUCCAGCCCCUUUGGGGUCAAGGACAGACGCUCUGAGAAGUAGAACUGCCUUCACAUCUCAACUCUACUGAGACCCUAGUUCCCUUAAUUUUUUGUUUGUUUCUCUUCCCCCCCCCCAUUUCUUUUUUUUUUUUUCCUCAUUUGUAAAAUUGGAGUAAUAUUGGCAUGGACAGGCUUGUUUGUUUAAAGGAGCCAUGGUUAUAUAAAGUCCACUUCUAUUCUC